UCUUCACACUUCACACUUCACACAAAACCCCCAAAACAAGAAAGCAAUUCAAGAAGCUGGUGAUCGAGCCGAAAAAGAAAUGGUGAAGAGCAUCGAAGAGCAGAAGAAGAUGGCCGCCAAAUCUUCCGGCCCCGGCAUGGCGGCGGCGGCGAUGAUAAAGAAGAAGUUCAAAGGCGUGAGGAUGAGAAGCUGGGGAUCUUGGGUAUCGGAGAUCCGAGCUCCGAAUCAGAAGGCGCGGAUAUGGCUCGGCUCACAUUCCUCCCCAGAAUCCGCCGCCAGAGCCUACGACGCCGCACUCUUAUGCCUCAGAGGCGCCGCCGCUUCCGCCACUCUCAACUUCCCUCUCCGCCUCGCCUCCUACUACAUUCCUCCUUCCGACGCCGCCGUCUUGUCGCCGAAAUCCAUCCAGCGCAUCGCCGCAUCCGCCGCCGCCGCGGCAGAUGCCGGCGGACCUAUCCCUACACCGGCUCUCGCAUUUCCCCCUUCUUGCUCUCCAUCUUCCUCUUGCUCCGGCGAGCCUUCUCCGCUUUCGGAAGCCGCCCACUUUGAAGACGGCGGCGCGGCUCAUGAUCCGGCUCCGGCGGCUAUAAUGGCGUGUAGCUGGUACAACUUCGACUCCCCAAAGUACAUGUUUAUGAACGAGGGUUUGUUUGACCAAACGACGUUGGUUGACCAUCUGAACGAAGAUUUUGGAGACAUUCGGCUAUGGAGCUUCAACUGAUCAUCUAAAAUCUAUUCACUUCUAUUACACUAUAUCAUUGGUAUUUGGUAUCAUCGCUUUACGUAUUAGGGAGUAUGUGAAAAUCAAUUUGUUCAAUUUAUUUAUUCGUCUAAUGGCGACAAGAUAUAUUGUAUUUAGUUAUUUAUAUUAAUGUUCACGCGUUUGAACAUUAA